AUGGAGGCGAUCGGUGAGGGCACGGCUCGGAUGCAGCUGGAAGAAAUGUACGUGUCUGACAAAGAAGGGAAUGACACCACUGGUGAUGGGACCAAGGAGAAACCCUUUAAAACUGUUCUUCAGGCCAUGCUGACUGUAAGGAAGGAGCCUUUUCCUGUCUUCUAUGUGGAUUCACAGAAGGAAAACGAGAGAUGGGAUGUGAUCUCCAAGUCUCAGCUGAAGAACGUUAAGAAGCUCUUCAACCGAGAACUGGCAAAGAAUGAGGCCAAAGAGAAGAAAGAGGCCGAGGACAACAUGAGACGUGAAAAAAAUCUUGAGGAAGCCAAGAAGAUCAUCGUCGAAAAUGAUCCCAACCUUCCAGAGCCAAAAACAUUGAAGAUUCGAGAGUUGGAAGCUUAUCGUGGUCAGAGAGUAAAAGUCUUUGGCUGGGUCCAUAGACUGCGUAGGCAAGGCAAGACUUUAAUGUUCGUGGUGCUCCGGGAUGGCACAGGAUACCUUCAGUGUGUCCUUAGCGAUAAAUUGUGCCAGUGCUAUAAUGGACUUGUCCUAUCUACUGAAAGCACAAUUGCUGUAUAUGGGACCCUGGACCUGCUACCAGAGGGAAAACAGGCCCCAGGAGGACAUGAACUGGCCUGUGAUUACUGGGAGUUGAUUGGUCUAGCCCCUGCCGGAGGAGCCGAUAACCUUCUAAAUGAAGAAUCUGAUGUGGACGUCCAGCUGAACAAUCGUCAUAUGAUGAUUCGUGGAGAGAACAUGUCCAAAAUCUUCAAAGUUCGUUCCACGGUUAUCCACUGCUUUAGAAGUCACUUCUUUGACCGUGGCUACUACGAGGUGACACCGCCAACCUUGGUCCAAACACAAGUCGAGGGCGGCUCCACUCUUUUCAAGCUGGACUAUUUUGGGGAGGAGGCAUACCUGACCCAGUCUUCACAGCUGUAUCUAGAGACCUGUAUUCCAGCACUGGGAGACACGUUCUGCAUUGCACAAUCCUAUCGUGCUGAACAGUCCCGGACGAGGCGUCACUUGGCUGAAUACACGCACAUAGAGGCCGAAUGUCCUUUCAUGACAUUUGAAGAUUUGCUAAACCGCCUGGAAGAUUUGGUGUGUGAUGUUGUGGACAGAGUGAUGAAGUCACCUAUGGCGCCUUUGGUCAUGGAGCUGCAUCCGGAAUUCAAGCCACCAAAGCGUCCUUUCAAAAGAAUGAAUUACCCUGAGGCCAUUGCCUGGCUUAAAGAAAAUGAUGUCAAGAAGGAUGAUGGCACCUACUACGAGUUUGGGGAGGAUAUUCCGGAGGCUCCAGAGAGAUUUAUGACUGACAGCAUUAAUGAGCCAAUCCUGCUGUGCCGCUUCCCAGCUGAGAUCAAAUCUUUCUACAUGCAGCGCUGUGCUGAAGAUCGCCGUCUCACUGAAUCUGUGGAUGUUCUUAUGCCAAAUGUUGGUGAAAUUGUUGGAGGCUCCAUGCGUAUCUGGGAUAGCGAGGAGCUACUGGAAGGGUACAAGAGAGAAGGAAUUGAUUCUACACCCUAUUACUGGUAUACUGACCAGCGUAAAUACGGCACAUGUCCUCAUGGCGGCUAUGGUUUGGGGUUGGAGAGGUUCCUUACCUGGAUCCUGAACAGACACCACAUCCGAGACGUGUGCCUGUACCCGCGAUUUGUCCAACGCUGUAAACCUUAA